GAGAUGAAGCAGCUGGAUAUAUUUAGGCGCCCAACAUGUUUUUCUUACACGUAGUUCUGUCUUAUGUUGGUUGGGGCGAGGGCCUUUGUGUGUGGCCAUCUACAAUUCCAACCAAUGAAAUCAAAUUGUGCCCAGAACCCAGCAUCCUUAAAACUCCAAAACGCCUUGCCAAUGCAACCUGCAGUAACAGUCUUAACCAAAGAAUGAAAAUACGACCGGGCGUCCUGAAAAACAAACUACCACCCUCUUCUUGGCCCUCUCGGACGGAAUCCUCCGCCGGCACGGGGGCCUCGUGGCCCCUUAUUCCAGCCAUCACCGAAUCCUCCUCCCGGCCCCGUGGGAACAUGGCCCAUAUCGUCGUCCAUUUGCUGCACUCCUCUUCCAUGCCCGCCGCCACCUCCGCCGCCGCCCUGGUACCUCCCUCUCAUUUCCUUGGGGAAAGAUUCGUACGCCUUUCUCAUCUGGGCGAAGCCCAAGUGCAUUUUGCCAAAGAAGUGAUCGGCCAAACGCCUGUCAUUGUCCAGCCUGCUGAGAUAGGCACCGCACACAUCGCACACCUGCAGCUUCUGAUGUCCCGAUGGCCCAGACGUCUCACUCAGCGCCUUAAGCUCCUUCUCUUUGUCUGCCUUGGCCGCUUGGGCGUGUCGAACCUUGUAGUACUCGUCGUAAGCUCUUCCUACUUCUCCCGUUUCAGCCAGAAUCUCCACCUCCAGGAGGCCAUUCGCGAUUGUUGAGCCGAGGUCAGAGAUAGCCUUCAACAGCGCGUUGGUUUGCCGGACUUCAUCAGGCGUCUUUUCUAAGCGUCGCUGGAGUGUGUCGAUGUUACGGUUGCAGGCAUCGAUUCGCGAAGACAGGUCGCGCAGGUAGUCGUGCUCGAAGCCGAGUUUCUUCUUUUCGGGGUCUGGGAGGGAGUCGUACUCUUGCUUGAGCGGCUCGGAGUGGACGCGAGGGCAGGGGCCAAGAUCUGCCUUUGUGUUGGUGAAGAGGUCGUGGGGACAGGUGCCGACGAGAUAGGAUCGGCAGACUUUUGGGUCGGUUAAGGGAAGCUGGGCGGCGCGGGUGGUGAGGUUGGAGCCCAUCAGCUGCUCUAAAGGAGAGUUAGUGACAUGGAGGGAGGCAAGGAAGAAUAACGAUAGGACGGGAUGAGGACUGACCAAGAAGCUUUCGUUGUUCAGCUGCCAUGGUUCCGGCCGGCUUUGGGAACAGACAGGCAAAUAUCUAAUGGGAAAGAUUGAAUGUUGUAAGUGACGCGAGGUCCAGGUAUCAGAAAGAUAGCGAUGAAAAGCGCUGACAACUGGCUUGUAUGCUGUGCUGAUGUCGACGUCAAGGUGUGGCUGGGAUGCUUUUUGGAAAAUAAAUUGAUGGUUGAGUUCAGCCGCGCUGCAAGGCUGGCGUUGCUGGAAAAUGCAACACGCUGGGAGAUGUGGGGUCCCCCCGUUACUAUGGGGCUCUAAUUGACCCCUGGGCGCCGCUCGGUGUCUGACAGUGGCCGUCAUCUCGUGCGUGCGUCGCGACAGCUAAGACACACACCUACGAUGCACUGGCUUCUUGGUCCCUGAAAUACAUCAAACAUUUUGUCUUCUCUUGUACCUUAUGUGUUGCCCGGCGCCAAUGGACGGACCGCCGUGAUUGUUGGGAAAAUGCGUCAACUAUUUUCCUUCGCUUUGCUCUCGUUUGUUUCCUUUUCCUCUCUUCUUUCUUCAGCAUCUGCCGCCGCGGCAGACUACCACGAACAGCUCGUCCUUCGACCACUGCCUCUGUCGGCACUUUUAGCAAGUUUCAAUUUCCGAUCCAACACUUCGCUCUCCGAGUUUGAAGCGCACAACUUCCGAUUCUUCCCUCGAUCGCUCGGACAAAUUCUCCAACAUGCCGGCACCCAAGAGCUGCACCUGAGGUUUAGCCUGGGGAGGUGGGAUUCCGAGAGCUGGGGCGCGAGACCAUGGGGCGGCGCCAGAGAAGGGGGAACAGGCGUCGAGCUGUGGGCUUGGCUACAAGCUGCGACUGACGAGGAGGCCGAUCACAAAUGGCUGACGCUGACGAAUGCGCUCUCUGGCCUUUUUUGCGCCUCGCUCAACUUCAUCGAUGGCACUCGAACCACCCGACCCGUUAUGUCCUUCCAGCCCGAGGGCGACCAUCCGAAUAUGACUGCCGCCGACACACAUUUGCUCUAUGGCGUUCUGCCCCAUGAGGUGGUGUGCACCGAGAACCUUACCCCUUUCCUGAAGCUUCUACCAUGCAAGGGCAAGGCGGGCAUUGCCACCCUGCUCGAUGGACACAAGCUGUUUGAUGCCUCAUGGCAGAGCAUGGCUAUUGAUGUCAAGCCUAUCUGCCCCGCCGGUGCAGAGUGCGUCUUGCAGAUCGAGCUGACCAUAGAUAUGGUCCUUGAUAUUGACCGGUCCAAACGGCCGAGGGGUAACCCGAUUCCUAGGCCCCCUCCCGGCCAUGAGCUCCCCUGCAAUACCUCGAAAUCGUACCACGCGCCCGACACGUGCUUCCCGACCGAUCACCAGGCCAACCAAGACUGGACGCUGUCCCAAAUCUUUGGCAGAACGAUGAAGGGAACAUGCCCCUUGACAGACCCAGCCGUUCCACCGGUUUGCCUCCAUGUUCCGGAUUCGCGCAGCGUUUUUCACUCCGAUGGCGUCCUCGAAAAGAAGAAUCUCGACCGGGUUUCGCGCUGCUUUGAGAUUCAGCCAGACGUUGAUUUCGAGAUUGUGCUGCCGGCCCCGGAAGAUGAGUUAGCUGUUGUCGUCAAACCAGAGACUCCUUUACUAUACGCCGAGCGUAGCUUCACGGGUCAUGGCCAGGAACGCGGUGGUGUGCAAACCAUCCUACACAACCCAAGUCCCGACACGGAAGUCGAGUUUGUCUACAUGGAGUCUCUUCCGUGGUUCAUGCGCAUCUACCUGCACACCAUGUCCGCUCGCAUUCAGGGGCAGACCGCCAAGGACGACUCUUUGAUCAAGGAGGUCUACUAUCGCCCGGCUGUCGACCGCGCAAGGGGCACGCAGCUUGAAGUGCGCAUGCGCGUCCCGCCAGCAUCCACUGUCUUCUUGACUUACGACUUUGAGAAAUCCAUUCUCCGAUAUACCGAAUACCCUCCGGAUGCCAACAGAGGGUUUGAUGUUGCGGCUGCCGUCAUUACCAUUUUGAGCCCGGCUGCCUACAACCUCCGAACCACGUCCUUGUUGUGCAGUUUGCCGACCCCGGAUUUCAGCAUGCCAUAUAACGUUAUCAUUUUUACUUCUACAGCUAUCGCACUGGCAUUUGGAGGCAUGUUCAAUAUCCUGGUGAGGAGGUUCGUGGCUGCGGAUGAAGGGCCUGAGGUGGGUCUGGCUGCGCUCAAGAAGAGGAUUCAGGGGCGUGUUGGUUUGUUGGUGGAAAAGCUCAAGAAGGGCAAGACUGGCAACGUCUCAGAUGAAUCAGGCACAAAACCUGACAAGUUUGAGACCGUUGACACGGCCCAAAGCAUAGAGGGAGCUUUGAAGGAGUGAAGACGUAGAGGGGCCUUGGCACUAUGCAAAUAAUAGAACAGGUGGUCCAACAAUUGCCUGAACCAUCCUCGGGUGUUCACACUUGCCACCACGCAAGCUUUACCACGGUUCGAUGCGGAACAGCACUCAAGUCCGGCGCAUGUCCUGCUUGGCAAGAAUCACCCAAGAUUAACAUCAGCGAAAACUCCAAGCGGUGUGAAGAGCACGUAGAGCACCUUGAAGGAAUUUAGGAGGUAGAAUGUCCGCAAAUGAAAUGGACGCCGUCGAUUGUUUCCAGAAAGAGUGUUAUAUCCAAUGCCGCUGUAUCCAAC